AUGUCGGCUCCAGCCCAGCUGACCAAGGGACAACCUCCCAGUGCUUCUGGUUCCUCACCAGUCAAGGCAAAAUUGCAAGGUACCACGCACUACGCCGCAAAAACGGAGACAGCCCUCGAAAGGCACGGCCAGAUGUCCAAGGAAAUGUCUGGAAAAUGGGUUGGUCCUAUGGAACCUCGCAAGUUCUUGAAGAGGUUUCUCCCCAGCAAACCGAACGGUCCGAAACGCCCUUCUUUCUCCACCCGCACGUUCAACACUCCUCGAAUAAUUGGAAAGGAACGAGACUUGUAUGAACCAUUUAUCUCGCUCAUCACAAAAUCUCAUGCAAUUCCUGGCAUGGAUAUGAUUGACACCUCGGCGAACCCUGACAAGACAUCUGCAAAAUCGAAGAAACUCCCGCCCGACAUUUGUAUCUACGACCAGGAAGCAGACAUUCCUCAAAACACUUUGCGAUACGAUGCUGUCGAGAUGAUCGUCGAAGUAAAACCAUGGGACAACAAGAGCGACCCUUUUCGCGACCCCGUCUCAGACGACACAGACAACUUUUCCUUCGAGUCGCAGACCGUCAAAGGUGCAUACUGUCGUGGCCAGAUUGCAUCAUAUGCCACCCAGUGGGCCGCACGCCAACACAGAACCCACUUAUUCGUGAUCUGGAUUGGGGUUCCCUUUUGCCGUUUCAUUCGAAUCGACCGUUCGGGUGGCAUCGUGUCUGAGAGAUUCAAUAUUCAGACCAAUGGGACCAUCCUCCUCGAUUUCUUUUGGCGAUUCUCGCAACUUUCUCCUGCGGAACGCGGCCACGACACCACCGUCCGCCCUGCAACCGACACGGAGAUCGCUCUGGCCCACGAGCACCUCAUGCAAUGGCAACCGUCCGAAGAGCGAAAGGUCAUGGUCUUGCAAGUUCCAGACGGCGAUGAUAUGCGCGACGUCAUUGCGUGGGGCGCUAUGGCAGAGCCUGAGUCCUUAACUGGUCGGGCAACGAAAGGCUACCCGGUCUGGGACACGAAGGACAAGAAGGUGGUUUUUCUGAAGGACUCGUGGCGUUCCAUUGAGCCUGGCAUGCAGAAAGAAUCCGAAAUUCUGGCGAUUUUGAACGAGAAGGGCGUCCGCAACAUCCCGAAGUUCGUCUGCGGGGAUGACCUCAACCAGGAGACCAUUACACAUACUUUCACCUCGGAGCCUUGGAAUUUAGGCGCCAAACCCAACACCCUCGACGUACGGAUGCACACUAGGUUCUGCGAAGACUUCAUUGGCAUCCAUUUACAUCGUUUCAAGUCUUCGAAGCAGUUUAUCACGGUCGUUCUUGAUGCUCUUAUUGCUCAUCACGACGCCUAUGUGAAAGCAGGGUUCCUUCAUCGCGAUAUUAGUGCCAAAAAUAUCAUGAUGACCCCGGAUGGUCGUGGGAUCUUGAACGACUGGGAUCUCGCGAGGGCAGUUGAAGAUAUCAAGAAUGGAGCCAGGCAGAAGUUUCGAUCGGGGACUUGGCAGUUCAUGUCAGUGGGACUCCUGGAAGACCCUACAAAGUUGCAUGAGCUUCCAGACGACCUUGAAUCCUUUGUCUACAUCAUCCUCUAUUUCACCCUCCGCUACCUUGACCACAAUCGUUUUGACAACCUUGGGAUGAUCAUGGAUUACAUCUUCGAUUAUUCCAACAGCAAUGACGAUGGCACUGUGACUGGAGGCGCUGGCAAAGCCCGUGUUGCAUCGAGCAGGAACCCCAUCGGCGAAGACUUUGCUGUCACCGACAACGCCCCUCUCACCGAGUUGCUCGAUUUCUCUCUCGAGGCUGUCCGUGAAUGGCACAACAUUUGCAUUGAUCGACGUCGACCCAAUGCCCGCAAACCAAAAUUCACGCCAACCUUUAGCAGUCACGACGAGAUGAUGAGCGAGAUUGCGGCUCAACUGGCGAAGGACGAUUGGCCAAAAGGCGAUGCAGCUUUUGAUUAUCUCGGGCUGAAACGAAAACUCGACAAUGGCGGUACUCCAGUCGAGGAGGGUUCGUUCAAGAAAGUGAAGCUCGAUUCUGAGGCCAGUUCCGAGGAGACAGUCUCGCAGCCGAUUGAAGUUGCCUCGCUGACCCGCGUCGACGAGCUGAGAGGAAGGAAGAUAAGGCCUCUUUCUAGAAUACGAUCGCUUCACCCUUGA